AUGCCCUCUCAAGGCUCCCAGCACACCAACUCGACUGGCUCUGCUCAAACAGCCAGCACUCAACCGGCUUUCUACAAGAACGAGCCUCGUACGCCCUAUGGUCCGAGAUACCCACAGGGCAACCAGCCUUCCCGGGAGGAUAGUGUCCCAGCACUUACUCACAGGUUCGGAAACAUGAACCUGCAAAACAACCCUCGCUCCAAGUACGGUGGCCAACGCAGUUCUGCGCCCGUGUCAGGCAAUCCAAGCAUUGACUGGUCGAAUGCUAGCCGUGCUUACAACAGCCCAUUCAUUCUUGUCCCCAAUUCCAACAUGUACAAUGGUGCUCCAGGCUCUUUUGUUUCAAGCGGCGUCGCUGGUCAGGCAGACCAGAUGGGUCAGUUCCCUUACCCUGCUGCUGGGAUGUAUCCAAGCAUGGGUCCUGUUGUUCCUGGAGGGUAUUCGUGGCCAUACGUGUUCAACUAUGACAUACAAGAUGUCAACAAACAAGCUACAUGGAACGAGGCUCAGAAGGGCGCCCAGACGGAGAACACCGGUCAGGUCCAGUACUACCCUUCAAGCUACGUUCACAACAUGGACCCUGCCAUGUCUGGGUAUUCCUAUGGAAACAUGAUGCCACAGAUGGCGCUUCCUCUUCAGAUGAUGAAGACCUCCAACGGAUAUGUUGUUCAAGACCUGGAGGUCCUGACCCAGCAAGAUCCCUCCAUUCCUCGUGCUGUGCCUGCUAUGUGGACCAACCCAACUGAGUUGACACUUGCUAAAUGCCUGGAAAACCGUGAGGGAAUCACCAACGUUUACAUUCGCGGGUUCCUGCCUGAGACUUCGGAUGAGAUGCUGCAUGCAUAUGCCGCUCGGUUCGGAAAGAUUGAACGUUGCAAGGCCAUCGUUGAUCUGGACACCAGUUACUGCAAAGGAUUUGGUUUUGUCCAGUACUACAGUUUCGAGUCCUGUGAGAACUGUAUUCGUGGUUUCUUCUAUCUUGGCUACCAAGCUAGCUUUGCCCAGAAGUCUCGCAACUCUCGCCUCAAGGACCUGGAAGAUCGUUCUUCUACCAACAUCUACUGCACCAAUAUCCCCAUUGACUGGACUGAAGCUGACUUGCGUCGUCAUUUCGAGCCAUGGCGCGUUGUCUCCGAGAAGAUCAGUCGCGAUGAGAAGACUGGUGUGAGCAAGGAGGUGGGAUUUGCACGCUUCGAGAACCGCGAUGUCGCCGAGAAGGUGUUGAUGGAAUUCCACAAUGUCGCCAAGGACCAUGGUGUCAAGUUGCUAUUACGCUUUGCCGAUACCAAGGCUCAGAAGAUUCUGAAGCAACAGAGCAACGAGCGUCGAGCUUAUCGUGCUGGCGAGUAUAAUUACUCUGUCGAAGUCGUCCAAGGAUCUACUCCAUCCCCCUCGAUGCCACACGGCCCUCUUCUUACCCCCAAUUCUCAAGUGAGCUUGACUUCUCCAGCUGGCGUAGGCUCCAACUGGACACCAGCCACUUCGAUUUCUCCUUGCCACCCACUCAUGAAAAACCCAAACAGCUCCCUGUCUUCUCGAAGCCUCAAUGCCCUCGACAGCACGCCCGAGUACCGCGGCCGAGGCUUUUCCAAAGGCCGACGCUCAAUUGCUGACCUCUCUGCUGGUUCCUCCAAGACUGUUAUUCCUGUUUCCCCAGAUAUGGAGCCUCUGAUCUACAUGAGUCCUAUCCACAAGGAGAAUAUCAGGGCAGAGUCCAUGUCGCCCAUGCCUUCUCGCAUGAGGACCUCUAUCUCUCCAGCUCGCUCAUGCACUUAG